UUUCGUUUUCCAUUGUGUCUCCAGGCUCCCAAACAGAAGCUGUGCAACUACACUGACCUCCACACGGGGGCGCCCUGGUUCUGCUACAAGCCAAAGAAACUGACCUGCGUCACCAGGGUGACCCUGAUAGGAUCCAGACAAAGAAUAAAACCCUGGAAGAGCGGCUCUUUAAAAGAUGGCGCCACAGUCCGUCAGUUUAACAAGGCCACGGCAAUCAGCCAGUAUCUGAAAGGGAAGGUGCUCCACCUGUAUGGAGGCUCCACCGCCAGGCAGUGGUUUGAAUAUUUGAUCUCAACAACACCAGAUCUCAAGAUGUUUGACUUGAAAAGUCCAAAGCAAACGGGACCUUUCCUGGCCUUGGAUUAUAAAAACAACAUCUUAGUCACUUUCCCCGCUGAGGUCUACAUCCGGCGCCUGCUGAGCAUACGGAGGGCAGUGGAGCGGCUGUUGACCAGAGCUCCAGGUACGCUGGUCAUCAUCAGGACCACGAACCCCAAAGCGCUGUCCCUGUACGAGACUGACCAACAUGUUGUUCAUCUUUGUGUUAGUGCCAUCAACCUGAAGGUCUCCAUUCCGGCUUCAGGACCUGCACACGUCCAAGUUCGGAGUCAAUUUGAUUACUUUUACAGAUCAGAUUUCAACUUCCCUUGGGCCUUUUCUGGUGGAGUAAAACAAACUAUGCAGUCUAGCCCCUCUGGUUAUUACUACCAGGGUGCUUGGCGGUCACUAGAUGGCACCACAGUUCACCAGUUUAACACCAUCACAGCAAUCAGCCAGUGUCUGAAAAACAAAGCACUCCACCUGUAUGGAGACUCCACCAUUAGACAGUGGUUUGAAUAUUUAAACCAAUCGCUACCAGAUCUCAAGGAGUUUGACCUGCGGAGUUCCAAUCAAACCGGACCGUUCCUGGCUUUGGAUUACGCAAACAACAUUUUAUUGACGUUCCGCAGCCACGGCCCUCCUAUCCGUUUUCGCAUCAUCCCUAUCAGUAAUCUCCAUUAUAUUGCCAACGAACUGGACCGUGUGGUUGGGGGAACCAAUACGGUUGUCGUUAUCGGCAUCUGGUCUCACUUCAGCACUUUCCCCAUUGAGGUCUACAUCCGACGUCUGCUGAACAUUCGGAAAGCGGUGGUGCGGCUGUUGAGCAGGUCUCCAGAUACUCUAGUCAUCAUCAGGACUGCGAACCCCAAAGCGCUGACGCUGUACGAGACUCUGACCAACAGCGACUGGUAUUCGCUACAGCGUGACAAGGUCCUCAGGGCAAUAUUUAAAAGAGUAAAAGUCAAACUAGUGGACGCCUGGGAGAUGUCUAUAGCCCACCACCUGCCGCACAGCCUCCAUCCACAACCUCCCAUAGUUAAGAACAUGAUAGCUGUUGUUUUGUCUUACAUAUGCCCCAAAACAGAGAAUUUAUAAAGAACUAAGGGAGUUUGGACUUUCUUGAAUGUGUUUUCUGUUGUCUUCUCUGGUGAACAUUGUCUGUGAACGGAUACAGUUCUAUGAAAAAACAUUUCCCAAGCCGACUAAUAAAAUCUAACUUAAGUCACUAGAAACAAUAUUAGCUUAAAUUGAGAUUACACCGAAGUAAUGGUAAUUAAAAUGUCCAUCACCAUCAGAAA